CAUUGCAAUAUCGAUCGAAGAAGUCUAGCUUCUUGCAUAACAUCGUAGACAUGAACUCCCUUUCAGCCAUCUUUGCUCUCCUCUCACUUCUCUUGUUCGCUAUAAUUGUUGAAUCAAGAGUAGGACCUGGAGGCUACGAGAAGAUUGUCAUUGAAAAGCAGCCCAUGCCAGAAGACUUAUGGAAGCUCGUGAAAGAGAAGUUUGAGCUUAACAGUGCUGAUAAUCUAUCUGAUGAUAAGGCUGAGAAAGCCGAUUGCCAUGAAAAUGGGAAACCUAAGAUCGAAUUUGAGGUUGCUGAGUUUGAACCGAGACCUAAUGUCUCAGUUUAUCCUGAUGACAGUGAAGUAACGGGGUCAAGAACUCUCGAAGACGAGCCAGAAUCCAAGGCCAUAGGUAACAUGGACUCUAAGGAUAAUGGUACUAAAGAUAAGCUGCCAUUUGAAGCCAAAGCCAAAAAUCACGCAUUUGAAGAAGAUUUUGAACCAAGGCCAGAUGUUACUGUGUACAAUGACUGAGACAACGGGAGAUGAUGAGAUACUAGAGCAACUCGAUCUGGUGUGGUUUUUAAAGUUUUAUGAUGACUGUAAUAUGUGGUUUGAUUGUUUGAUAUAUAUUUUAAGUUGGGUAACUCAAGGUUCAGGAUAUUGCAUCGAUGCAAUCCUGUAAGAACUUAAAUAAGUUGUUUUCAUUCCUGAAUGUAAUUUCGCCAAUAGCUGUGUAGUUUGAGCUUUAGCUCCGAAUAAUCUCUUGAAUGGAAUAAAAAAGGAGUUGUAAAAAAAUUCAGAAUAAUCUCUUGAAAAUUUAACAAAGUUGUAAAAUGAGUCUUUAAAGUUGUAAAAUGAGUUCUCAAAGUUAUAUCAUACAA